AUGGCCACCCGCAAGAUGAACUUUUUUGAAAAAAUGGCCAAUAUGCUUGGCUGCAUCUACCGACAUCAAGCUGCCCAGUUCCCUCGACGGUGGGCUAUUCUAAAGGCUGUUGGUAAGCAUGAACUUGCUCCACCAAAAGCAACUGACUGGCCAGUCAUCAAGGCAGAGUGGAAAAAAGUGACACAGUUCAUCUCGAAGGGACAGUACAAAGAGCUUACUGUCAGGGUGGGUCAAUUACUAUGUUCACAUGUUUCUUCGACAUUUACGAAGUCAUUCUAUAUCAUUCUAUAACC